CACACAUAUUAACACAACAUUUAUUUGGUUUCUUUCUCAUAUACAAUGAACUAUUCACAACAUGUAAAUGUUAACAUGAAUCCUUCUAAUCACUGGAAUCCUUUAAAUAGUACAACACCGUUAGAAGAGCCAGUUGCCUUUGAAGAUUUCCAGUUUAGUUUAGGUCUUGAUCCUGAGUUUGCUAUGCCUAUUCCAUUUGAUAUAUCACCACCACCGUUACCAUCACAACCAGAAAAUAACAUAUUUUACCCAAUGACUGAUUUAGUGCCAUCGACAAUAAUCAACAAUAACAACAACAAUAAUAAUGCUGUUUUAAAUGAACAAGAACAAAAGACAUUUAGUCAAUUUUUAGACCAAUUCUUUAUUGAUCCAAACAUGGAAAUUGAUCCUCAAUUCUCCAUGCUUGAAGAACCUCAUAUACCUUCAAACCUUCAUCGGUCAAUACAAGAAAAUGAAGAACAUCAACGUCGACCCAGUAUUUUUCCAUCUUCUUUAGAUGUACAAAACAAACAAGUGACUCAACGAAAGCCAUUGCCACCAAGAUCUUAUAAAACUCUUCCAAGUAAUGGAGCUAUUAGAAGAGGACAUAAAGAAUUAUUAACAGAAGAAGAAAAGAGAAACAACCACAUUGCAUCAGAACAAAAGAGACGGAGCAUGAUUCGGACAGGAUUUAAAGAAUUAACAGAGAUUGUGCCAACGCUAAAGAAUGUCAAUAACUCAAAAAGCACAGUCUUAUUUAAAGCAGUAGAUUAUAUCAACUACCUAGAGAAAAGGAAUAAAAAUUUAAGAGAAAAGAUAAAGCGCCUAGAGUUUCGACUUCAAGCAGAGCAGCAUUCAAACAGUAUGUUUCAACAGAGACAACUUAUAGAACUGCAAGACAAAUUACACCUACAUCAAAAGUUACUAAAAAGUCAACAGGAAAUAGAGAAUACAAGUAAAACAACCAAUACUGAUUCAUCACUGAUUAAAGCGUAAUACAUGCAUUUUUUUAUGCAUUAUUAUUUUAUUAUAUAAUAAUGAUAAUGUUUAUGUAAAGUAUGUCGUUACUAUACAAUAGUAAUUGACGGACUAUUUUGUAGUAUAGCUUAAAUAAAUAAUUCAUAAUCUAAAGCUAACGUAGUAUAUUUAUAAGUAAUUACUAUUAUGUAUGUACAGGCUACUUACCUUUGAUCAGAAAGAAAGAGAGCUUCAUUAUUAUUGUUUAUGACUGCC